CGGAAUCACCCGCUGGCUGGGGUGGCGAGGCUAAUAAGAGCAGAUGUGCGGUCAUUUGUUCCGGUUAAAAUGAAGAUUCAAGCGGUGUAAGCGUCACUAAUUCACAGUUACAUAGACGGGGUAGAUGGUUUAUUGGUCCCACCUGUUCAAAGGUCCCCUGGUUUAGCUUUAGAAUGAAGCAGGUGGAGGCCGGUGCUUUUAUCGGACGGCGCUGUGAUUCCCCUUCAUUUCCGUGUUUUGUCCCGCAGACCCCCCUCCUCCUCUGCCCGGGCUGCCCCCGCAGGUGUUCACGCUGUUUUUGAAAAACGUUGCAGCACCUCACGUUUCUCACGUUUCUUAUUUGCAUGCGAGGCUGUGGCCGUGCAGCACAGAGGGAUUUAAAUAAUGUAAACCGACAUCCAGCAGCAACAGAGGUGGCUGAAUAUGAAGUUUAUGCCUCUGGGGUCAGCUGGAGUCCUGCAGCAGAAACACGGGGCCUUCAGCUCAGGAGCUAGCCCAUUUUGGAGCAGUGAGUGCCUCCGCAGUCUCUCAGUAAUCCUUUAAGGAGCAUUAGCGGGCUAAGUUUGGCGCUGCGACCGCUGGCCAAGACGGGCCCUCACCAGCCGCAGUCAUGCAGAUACCUGACUCCUACAACCAGAAGAACUCACUCUUCAACGCCAUGAACCGCUUCAUUGGCGCCGUCAACAACAUGGACCAGACAGUGAUGUUGCCCAGCCUGCUGCGGGACGUCCCGCUGGACGACAGGGAUGACCUGAAGCCAACAGAGAACGGGGAUGGUGGGGAUGACGGUGGUGGCACAGGUAACACCAGUCCCGCCAAUGACAGCGCCUACUUCCAGCCUGAUGCUGACAUGUACAGCUCAUACAUCCUGCUCAAAUCCAUCCGCAAUGACAUCGAGUGGGGCGUCGUGCAAGGCGAGGAGUUGCGGAAGGAGAAGGCAGGUGUGGCCAGCGUGGUAGUGGCAGAGGAGGAUGACCUGGAGAAGCAGUUUCACUUCCACCUGAAUGGACUCCACGCGGUUCUGUCGAAACUGACGCAUAAAGCUAACACACUGACGAAUCGCUACAAGGAGGAGAUCGGCUGCGGGAACUGACCGCUGAAUGUCCCGACGGUUGGCGCUCUGUGGGUUUUAGCUCAGUAACUACAAGUGAAGGAAGGAGCGUGUGCAGACACCAGAAUUCACUUAAAAGCUUUUUCACAGCUUGCAGUGGUGGAUAUCAUUGUGUUAAAUUAACUAGCCAGUCCCAAUAACGGUGAAUAAAAAUAUCUGCAGAUUGAUUGUGAUUGUGUGACUGGAACAAUUUGGGCAUUUUUUUUUGUCAAAUAAUGAGAACUACAAUUUUAAUAACAGUCCUUGUGAGGGUCGUUAAGUCAUCUUAAAUGCCACUUUUUUGUAUUCACUGGCAGCUUUUUGGAUCUCAUUUUGGCACAUGCACUGAUGCCGACUUCAUUCAUUAUAGCCAAUUUAUGCUUUGGUCUUUUUGAAGAGACUUGGCAGUGACAUCAGUAUAUGUCACUAAGCACAAAACUGAUUCAAGCUUUAAAAUUCUGAAUUAAGUCUGGAUCUGUGCUACUAAACAAUAAGUCAGUACGGUAAUGAAUUUGUAAAGAAUGUUUGCACAUGAGUUUUUGCUUGAGACCCUCCAAAAUAAACCAAUAGUAAAACAUUUUAAUUCAUCAGCUGCUCACUGGUGGUGAAUGUUGGAGAUCAAUCACAUGGAAUGUGAUUACACAAAGUAGCUUUAGUAGCAAAUUCAGUUUUAAAUAUUGUAAAGUUAAGACUAAAUUUGAUUAUCAGCUCUUAAAUAUAUCAAAUUAAUGAGUUUAAGAGAUAUAUGGUGGGUAUGCAGGAGAAGGACAAACAAUCUAAAAUUGAUUAAUUUUGAAUAUUCGGGUAGUUGACCUUUCAUCAGGAGAAAUCUGUUGCAGUUCUAAACAAUUGUAAACAAACAUAAGCUUAAAAAAAACCUAAACUAAAAAAUUUUAAAUGAAAGAGGAUCCUGGUAUAAUCCCUGUGGAAUGCCAUCGAGCCAAAAAUCUGUCUCUGAUUCCAAUAACUCUUUCUCUGGCAUACUUUAAACACCUGAAUCCACUCUUUGUCUUCUGGAUAUGACAUCCUGUUAAGAUUCAGCAGAUUAGAGUGUCUCUGCUCUGAGCUCCCUACAGCAGUUUGUAGUUAAAGAGCUAAAACAUGUUCAAUGGACUUCCCUUUCUUUUUCUUUUUUUUCUUUUUUUUUUUUUUUUUGAAGACUUCAUCUAGGUGGUUGGCUGCUUGCAUUCUAUUUUCAGGGUUGACAUCUGUCUGCCCUUUAAAAAAAAAAAAAAAAAAAUCUCCUGACAUCCUUCAUUUCAUGCUGCAAAUUCCAAACUAUGCAAACAGACGAGAGCACAAAAGAAGCUGGCUUGACAUUUCUGUACAGCUUUAGACGCACAAAAAGGAGAAAAUAGGAGUCCUUAAAUUUCCCAAUAGUAAUAAGAACCCAGUUCUCAUGGUGCAUGAUCGUUCAUAACCUCUUAAUAUCUCUUGACAAGCGAUUGUAACCAGACCACAAAUUCUCAGUUCUUUGGUUGUAGCUUCUUAAAUGUGGAAGUUCUGAUAUUUUAAAGAUGCCACAGUUUGUCCGUUUGUUAAAGGACUAAAGCACCUUAGGAAAAUUUUGAAAAUUUUAAGGAGUUUGGCAGAAACCCAUUGUUUUUGUCUGGUUUCAGCUGAAUAAAAGAGACGGUGUAACGAAUGAUUAUUGGCAGAUUUUUGUUGAUUUGAUUGGACUGAACGUAAAGAAGUGAAUGUUUUGAUUGUUUGUCGUCUCAAAGCUUUAUUUUAAUGAAUUGAACACUGCUUGAUGGUCGAUUACACCUGAAGGCGUUCUGGAGUCUGUGUGUGUAUGUGUGUGUGAAGAAUGCUGGGUGUACAUAUACUGAUGUUUAUUGGUUUUUCUAUUUCUGUCCAGUUUGACCAUUAAAAGUUUUUGGUGUGUA